UCUUUCUGAAUUCUCGGAGUAAAACAUUCGAACUUUAAGCUUUUAAAAGUUAUUUUAAACUUUCAGAUAAGGUUCAAGCUUGUCAUCACACUUUACUUAUCUAGUUUGUCUGCUUCUUUUUUUCCCCCAGAAAGCACUGCCGGGUGGAUGUUUGAGGAAAUGAGGUCAGUCUUCCAGACGAACACGAUGAAUGCUGUUGGGGAACCUGAAGAGGAUCUUAUUGAUCCGAAGGAAUCCCAGUGUGUCCCAGAUCCAAGUGUUCCCGAGCCAGAACUUGAAAUGGAUCUGGUCAGUAAAGAGCAAUUGUGUAUGACUGAACCUAAAGUGGAUCUGGUUGAGCCAGCCGUUCCUGAGCCAGAAGCUCAAGUCACAUCAGAUCUUUCAAGGUUGGAAAACCACAUCCCUCUAAGCGUGUUCCAGCUGGAGGAUCGUUUGAGGGAAUGUACGCUGUCCAAGACUCCAGUCUCUGAGGUCUGGCCCAGGGUCUUCAUUGGAAAUGAAGAGACAGCAAGGGGCCGAGAUAAACUGAAGGAGAUGGGCAUCACACACAUCCUAAACGCUGCAGCCCCGAAGAAGAACCUGAAGUUCCUGUUGGGAAUGGCAAGAGAGAAAGACCUUCUAGGAACGGUCAAUACUGGAUCCAGAUAUUACAGAGGCUUGCAGAUCACAUACUGUGGCUUGCCUUCGUCGUACAGACACUGUUCUGACAUCAGCGAGUACUUCAUACCAGCUGCCAAAUUCAUUGACAAGGCCUUGAGGAACCCAAUGAGUAAGGUGUUGAUUCACUGCACGCAGGGUCUCAGCCACUCGGUGACUCUGUUUCUGGCGUAUCUGAUGAUCUGUCAUGACAUGAUGGUGGAGGAGGCCAUCGAUCACGUCAUGAAGGAGAGACGCAUCAGGCCCUGGUUUGGUCAUCUGAGGAAGCUGCUGUUCCUCAACGCUGAGCUUGUGCUGCAGAGAAAACUGAAGCUGCAGGGCAAAGAACCAGGGAGAAAGAGGCAAAAAUGGCAGAUAAAAACAAAAUAGAGCACAGAUAAAAUAGUGUACAAAUAAAGAAUGGUGCACAGAUUAAAAAAAUACAAAUACAUGUAUGCACAGAUAAAAAAAAAUGUUGCACAGAAAAAAAAAGAAAAGUAAAGAGAAAAAUACAGCACAGGUGAAAUACAACACUGAGAAUAAAUAAUGCACAGAUAAAAAAAAAACAGAGCAAAAAUAAAAUAGUUCUCCUAUAAAAAAGUGCAAUGAUUAAAAACCACAGCACAGAUCAAAAAUGUUGUUUAAAAACAAGUGCACAGAUAAUUUGGCAAAAUAAGUAUAAUUAUUCAAUAAUUACAAAUACUUGAAAUGUAUUAAAUAUAUGAUAUUUUGUAAAGCAUUGUUGUAAGUGUGUGUGAUUUCUGACUUCCAUCAUUACUAAGAGCUAACACCAAGCUUGUGUUAAAAAUAGUAAGUGUUUUACUGAGGCUGGGCUGCUAUUAUAUUAGAUGUUUCCUAAAUGAGUUUUUCCUCAGUAUAUAUAAUCAAAAUACAACAUUACCACAAACAAUUACCUAGGUUUUUUCCACUGUAAAUAUGCUGUAUGCGUGACUCUUACUU